AAUCCAAAAAUGCUCGCCAAAUCAUUCAUCAUUGCCACUGCCUUGCUAGCAUCCGACACACUCGCCUGGAACAAAGAUGUCCACCAACAGAUCGGCUACAGUGCAGAGAAGCUCUUGACCAACACCACAAAGUCCGUCCUCUACCAGAUCCUCGAGCCCACAUACAACAACAGCAUUGGUCUCGCAGCAGCCUGGGCAGACGACUACGCUCACACCACCGAAGGCGCUUUCAGCUACCAAUGGCAUUGGAUCGAUUCUACCGACCAGCCACCACACUACUGUAAUGUAUACUACCAUCGCGACUGCCCUGAAGGCGGCUGCGUGGUUUCUGCCAUUGCAAAUCAGACCAAUAUACUCAAGACAUGCAUCAAAAAAGUAAAGAGUGGUGAGUUGGUGGGAGGAAAUGAUGUACAGUGUUCGCAGGCAUUGAAGUGGGUUGUGCAUUUCUUGGGCGAUAUUGCCCAGCCUUUGCAUGCCUCUGGUGUUGCCGAGGGUGGUAAUGGUAUCAGCGUUGUAUUUGCAAACCAGACCACCGAGCUCCAUGCUGUAAGUUUCUUGCCAUGCUUUCUCCUUUCUUUAAUUCUGUUUUGCAGAGGUAUUGACGCUAGAAAAUGCAGGNUCUGGGAUGGCUAUAUCCCCUACGCCGACGCAAACGUCACCAGCUUCCCCAACAAAACCAUCCAACCAUUCUUCCAAAACCUCGUCUCCCGCAUCCGCAAAGACGACUUUUCAAUCCCGACUGUCGAGUGGGUUGCUUGUAGUGAUCCUUCCAGGGCUUUGGAGUGUGCACUCAGUUGGGCUCGUGACAGCAAUGCUCUGACCUGCGACUAUGUCUACUCGCAAGCUACCAAUGGUACAGAUCUAGCCACUAGCGGGUAUGCGAAGGGCGCUUUUCCUAUUGUCGAGUUGCAGAUGAGUAAAGCGAUUUUGAGAUUGGGGACUUGGUUGAAUAGGUUGGUGGAAGGUGGCCAUGAUCGUGGGGAUGGUGCUGUGUUGCAGACGUGGUUGACGGGUUCCGGUUAA